AUGGCAUCUGCAUCAUUCCGCGACUCGCUGGGCUCGCUGGGCUGGGCGCGUCGUGACCAGGAUGUACCAGUCAACACGGCUCAACAAAGCGGACUCAUGUCGUCCCUACAGUCUCUGAACCCGUUCCAGGAUCGGGGCUAUGUUCAGCUGCCUACCACCGAAGGUCCGGGGGCUCCUCUUCCUGCUCCUAAUAGGAGAGAGGAGGAGGAAGGCUGGUUUGUUUUGAGCCGUUGGGAUCGACUGAUGAUAUUCGGCGCAUGCAACUUGGCGGCACUCGCCUGCUUCGUCAUCUGCUUUGCGCUCUUUCCGGUCUUGUCGCUACGCCCAACCAAGUUUGUCAUAUUAUGGACUCUCGGUUCCAUCUUCUUCCUCGCCUCCUUUGCGGCCAUGAUGGGGCCUAUGGCCUACGUUCGGCAUCUUGGGUCUGCGGAGCGUCUUCCCUUCACCAGCGCCUAUUUUGGGUCUCUGGGCCUUUCUCUGUACUUCUCGCUCGGCCUUCGCAGCACGAUUUUGACGCUGAUUUCUGCCAUCGUGCAGUUGGCUUGCCUCAUCUGGUAUCUCGUCAGCUACUUCCCCAUGGGAUCCAGCGGCAUCCGCCUCGCAACGACCUUUGGUGCUCGACGAGCUGCGGCGUGGGUGUCGGGCUGA